AUGCUGCAUGACCGGGUCCAGCCAGGACUACUUCAGAGCAUCGGCUCCCCGGGUGCCAACAGGCUGUACCCGGGUUCUACGACGUGUGAGACGGCUCCCCCCGCCCUCCAACCAGCUCCCGACGGCCCCGUCGUCGCCCAGGACCCCGCGGAUGUUGCUGCUCGACCCGGCAGGGCGGCAGAAAUGCUGCCCGACUUGGUUGAGAAUGGGUCAGCGCUUUUAGCCGCAACGGCCCGCGCCCUGGGUGCCUCCCAUGGCCCCAGCGACCCCGAAGACAGCGACAGCAACGACGGGAUGGCGUCUGACGACACCGACGCCUCUUCGUUGGACAACGACGCUGCCACCGCCCGCCCAAGUGAUGACGACCGGCUCGGCCAGGUAGCUACGGAGCUGCCUGCCCGAGAUGGAUACACUGCAGUGGCCACGGCAGCUCCCGUGGGCACACGCGCUACCACCAGCGAGGCCGUGUCCACUGCAGCAAUUGUUUCUGGUGUUGUUUCUGUCCCACUUACCGGUGACGACCGGCUCGGCUGGCAGGCAUCCCCGCUGCCCGACCGAGCCGGGUGUGACUCUCCGAAGCCUUGCGGCGACGAGUUGUCUGCUGGGCCCUGCCCUCAAGUUGAUGAUUGCACACCCGGUAGGGCGGGUGGCAUGCUGCCCGCCGGUGAUUCACAGGCUCCUGUCAUGACCGCUGCCAUCCCUAUGGAGGUUGACCAGUGCGCGACGUGGCAGGCAGCAAGCCACACUCCACCGUCUCCCCCUCUCGUGCUCCGCCUCGGCGGCAAGCGUCGCCACUUGAGCGAUGACGGCGACGACGACCCGUGCGAGCAAGCCAAGCGAAUGCUGCUCGAGGAAGUUGAGGCCGGCCCUCAGAACUCAGCGCUUUGGCCAUCCACGGCCAGCGCACUUCCGGCCUCUGUCCUGGCCGUGUAUGCACACAACGCGCAGCGCUUCACGUGCACGCUGUGUGCAUACAAGGCCUCAAGAUUUGCCUCGCUCAAGCGACACCGGGAUUCACGGCACCGCCGCAUCUCCUUCGUUGAGCGCUUCUCGGCAGGUUGUCCAUGCGGCACGCCUUUCGUGUCGAGGCUGGCUGCAACUAACUACGCUCGCGCGUGUGUCAUCCUCUGCGACACUUCAGCCGCGACUGCAUCAGCAGCAGGUGAUCUCAGCCCCACUGCUGGUGCAGUCAGUGCCACCGCUACGUUGGCCGACACCGAGCCCGUGCUGCCCCGCCAAUACCCUCCCGUGCUCGCUGUGUCCCCUCCGCAGUCGAGCACCACGCCUGACAGAUCAAGAUGGAGCCCGCCGCUCCCACGGCAGCUGGUCGCUUUUCGCGUUGCGUCUCGCCUCGGCGAUGUCUCCGCCCCGCGCUGGGGACCACCACUGCCUUGCGGCGUGGUGGUGUCAAGGAUUGCUGACCGUCUCCUCCCGCCAGAGCUAACGGAGGAGGAGGAGGAGACCAAGGCUGGUGACGGCGACGACGAAAACGUCACCGAAGACCCCAACAUGGACGACGCGUGGCUGCUGCGCUUUGAUGGUGCCUGCCGCAAGAACCCUGGCCUAGGCGGCGCCGGCGCUGCGUUGUUCAAGCCCAGCGGCCCCGUAGUGUGGAUAUGCUCCCACUACAUGCCGAGCAGCAGCGAGACCAACAACACCGCUGAAUAUACGGCGCUGCUGCUCAGCGCAAGAGCUGCCGCUGACCAUGGAGUCACGUGCCUGCGGGUUGAGGGUGACAGCACACGGGUCAUCCAGCAGGUGCGUGGCAUCUUUUCCACACGCAACAAGCGGCUGAGGCACUUGCGACUCGCAGUCAAGGCAGAGCUGGUGCGGAUAGAGCCGGCCACGCUCCACCCCAUCGACAGGCAGGCAAAUGGUCAAGCCGACCGCCUCGUUAACGCCGCUCUUGACCGCCUCGCGACCGAGUUGGAGUGCGUGGUGCAUACCGAUGUACAUGGAUGCACCUCCACCUCCACGACGGCCCCUGUAUCCGCAGCUGCACCUCCGCCUGCCACACCGCAUGUCGCGGUGGGCACCGAUGUCCCCCCAAGCCCCGCCGAUGGUGAUGACAUGGGGGACAUCGAUGAUGGUGAGGUGUAUACAGCGAUGCGUGUGGGGCCUGAUGCAGUGCCUCAGCGUCGGUCGCGUCUGCGCCUUCGCGCAUUGGAUGAGGACGAGCAAGAGGCUGCGUUCAGGUUGGUGGAGCGGCUAGCUGCGAAGCUAGCUGCCAAGAUCAUGGACGCUGAUAACUGGGAGGAGGCAGAGGGCUACAUCACAGCCCUCCCUUAUGUACUGUACGAUCACCUGCAGCCUUACUCCCAGACACAGCACCCCGCCCAACCUCGUUCGCAGCGCCGGAAGGAGCCGCACCAAGGCCAAGCGCAGGCCGUUCCGCACGACGGUCAGCGCCAAGGUGGCAGCCGUCCACGUCCACGUCGUCGGCGUGGUCCCUCUGGUGGUGGCAAGGUGUGCCGGCGCACGCGUCCGCCCCGUGUGACACGUCAUCACCGUGAGCACAGGCUUGACGAGGCUCUGGACGCCAUGCAUGCUGUCCAGUGCAGCGAGCCGGGCAACCGCAAGGUUGUGGCUAAGGCACGUCGCCGUGUGGGGAGGAUCCACUCCUUCCUAGAGCAACAACGCCUCCGCCACCUCUUCGACACCGAUGAGAAGGUGUGUGUUGAGAGCAUACUGGCGACAGCUCGGUCCAAGCGCGAGGCAGAUGAGGCUGCAGCUACGCCAUCCGCUACCACUGCACCUCCGCCGGACUGCGUGGACGUGGACGAAGGCAUCUGCUCCAUUCCAGGGGAGCGUCUGCACCAGUUCUUCACGGUGGUGAACACCCCGAUGGGUGCCUUCGACCCCAUGGCACCGGUAGGUGCCGCGUUCCGCACGGCCAUGGACCGCCUGCCGCCAGCGACCGUUGACAUGGCACUGCUCACGGAUGCGCCGUCGUCACAGGAGAUCGAGGACCAAGUGCAGUGUGCGCGCGGCAGUUCAAGCCCCGGCCUGGACGGUGUCGGCUACGACAUCUUCAAGAUGUUCACGGCCCAGCUUCUACCCGCUCUACCCGCAGCGUUCGCGCGCUGCUGGCAGUCCAAGCGUGUGCCGCAGAGUUGGAAGAUUGGCGUGGUGCGCCUGCUGCACAAGAAGGGCGAUCGGCUCGAUCCAUCGAGUUGGCGGCCGAUCUGCUUGCAGCAGGCCAUCUACAAGUUGUACGCCGGUGUCUUGUCGCGUCGCUUUACGCGCUGGCUCGACGUCAAUGGCAGCCACGCUGAAGCGCAGAAGGGCUUUCGAGCCAUGAACGGCUGCGGGGAACACAACUUCCUCGCAGCCAUGCUCGUUGACCAAGCCCGGCGCAAGCAUCAAGAGUUGCAUGUCGUGUGGUACGACUUUGUCAACGCUUUUGGUAGCGUGCCACACGACUUGCUAUGGGAAGCGCUACAACAGCAGGGUGUUUUGACCAAGUUUGUCGCUUCUUGCCGUGGUCUCUACGCAGACGCAGCGUUUACAAUUGCCCCCCAUCUCUUUACUGCCGCGAUUGCCCUGCUGCUUCACGCGCUCAAGUCGCUGCCGGACACUGGCGUGAAGAUGUCAAGCGAAGCCCGUCCCGGUGCUGCUGCUUACGCAGACGUCUUGAAGACAUUCAGCAGCACCGUGGACGGUAUCAAGCAUCAGCACUCGGUGGUGCACGACUUCCUGCGCUGGACCGGCACGAAGGCGAAUCCGCACAAUUGCAUUACCCUGUCGGUCCAGCGGGAUGUGCGUGGUCUUCACCGGACCAGCGACCUCCGGCUGCAGCUCGACGGCUCCCCGAUCCCCGCGCUCAGCGCCUCCGACUCAUACCAAUACUUGGGGAUUGCGGAUGGCUUCGACCACUCCGGGCUGGCGCCGUGGCAGGUGGUCAAGGCGGUCAAGGUGUACUUGUACCCUCGGGUUGAGUACGCCCUCCGGCACCUGAGGUCGUUUGCUCAGCAGCUGGAGGUUUUUGACCGUCAUCUUGUACGCGGCCUUCGACACCUGCUACGGCUACCCACUAGCGCCACGACGGCGUUCUUUUACGCUCCUGUUUCUCGUGGUGGAUUAGGGUUCUUACCCUUGACGGAGCUGCAUGGCGCCUUGCAAGUUGCGCAUGGGUGGCAGAUGCUGCACUCUCCUGACACUGCCAUCCAGCGCAUAGCUCGCCAGCAGCUCCGUCAGAUUGCUGAAUCAGGAUACAAGCUGGACGCCUUGGCAUGGAGGGACAGAGAGGAUGAGCUAGGCGAGCUCCUCCUCAACAGCAAUCUGGGGACGUCGGACCCAGCACCGCCCAAGCGAAGGAAUGCUGACAUUGGGUCGCUGUGGUUCGACGUCCGGGGUCACCUUCACCGCUUCGGCCUCAUGUUUGAGAUGGCGCCAGCGGUGGAGGAGACGGGACGCCGGCCAAGAGGUUGCAGCUUCGCGUGCCCUACGACGCUGGUUGGUUGGACCAUCGGGAUGUCCAUCGGCACGUGA